AUGUAUUCAAACCCAAAAUGUAGUUCUAUGCGCGCCUGCCGUACGUUACGUUGCCAAUCAGAAGCCUGCGACAUGCUCAAAACGUUACUUUUAAUCAAUUUGCUGGGCGCGUUCUGUGACGCGGGCCGCCAGCGCCGCUAUCUGAUAUACCCCGAUGGAGGACCUUCCCGAGCACAGUUUAUUAUAGGUCUUGGUGUGCCAGUCGACUUGAAAGAAGCCUCAGUGACAGUGGGUGCAGUAAUCAAGUUCCAAUAUUACUUACCAAUAAACAGUUCAGAAUAUACAACCCGUAUCUUUGGAUUUGCCGACACAGUAUCAAGAGAUAUGGAUGGAGAAGAAAAUGAUGCUGCACAUGAAGCUAACAAUGAAUCCAGUGACGCCAGAGUAAUCGAUGAAGUUGACAAUGAUUUGGAAGAUGACAAUGAAAAUGACACCCUCGUUGAUAUUACAUUUAAUGAUAGAAGAAGACGUGCACUAUUGUACAGUGAAGGGAGUGUUAUAAAUGAUAAUGAAAUUAAUACUGAAUUACCAUUAGAAGAAGCUAUUAGACGACAAGAGCUUAUUGAUGAGAAGAAUUUAGAAGAGCAAGAACCACCGAGAAUGAACAGAUGGGAUUUCUAUAAAAUCUUUGAACAUAUGAUUGAAAGGUACGGCUUUUCAGGUAGGCCAUGCUUGCUCCGGACCAUAUGUGAGGCGGCUGAAGUUCCCUUUACCUAUGAAAACGGUUUGCUUGGCGAAAUUGGUCAUAUUUUAUUCACGCCGUCUACAACAAAAGAUGUGCUGUCUUAUCACACAGAUAACGAAUACCAUGCAGCUGAACGAUUAGGACGGUCUGCCAACGGAGGCUGUGAGGUUCUAUUCCCGGAGUGCGAAUCCUCCGUUCUGGAGACAUUUACAGAAAUCGGGAUGGAUACGUUGCAUAAAUUUGGACUGCUUUAAUGAAUAAAUGUUUUUAAAUGUG